AUGAGGAAAAAUGCAACUGAAGCUAGAGCUAUGUAUGAUGGCAUUGCAGCCAACUCUCAGCAAUUCAAUUAUCGAAGAUCACCACCACCCAAACAAGCUUUUGAGCUAUGCUCAAUAUGCACCAAUCCAGGCCACACACCAGAAUGUUGUCCUCUUGCAUAUGGUGACGAUACAGUUCAGGCAAAUAUGGUGAACUCUUAUCAAAAUCAGAGGCCUAAGAAUGACCCUUUUUCCAAUACCUAUAAUCCUGGGUGGAGGAAUCAUCCGAAUUUUAGAUGGAGCAAUAACCAGAAUGUGCAAAAUGCAGCUCCACCAUAUACAGUUCAAGAGCCCCCAACUCAAGUUCAUCAACAACCCCAAAAUCAGCAGCUUGCAUUAAACCGAAGACAAUCUGGACUUGUCCAACUUUAUAAAGCACCUACACCCAAUUUUGAGAUGAAGGAGAUAAGAGAUGCGCUGACCACAUUGACUCAAACUUCUCAAAGCACAAACAACUUCAUCCAAAUGACCGAUCAGCGUUUUCAAAAGACGGAUCAAGCCAUAGCUAACUUGGAACGUCAAAUGGGGAAAUUGGCUACUCACUUGAGUCAAAGGGAGCCUAGUAAGCUUCCUAGUCAAGUUAUUUCCAAUCCUACUAAUUCUUCUUCCUCUUCUACUCAUGAACAGGUUCAAGCCAUUACUUUGAGAAGUGGUAAAGAGGUUGAAAUGAAAGAAAAAGUAGUUGAGGAGAGAAUGGAUUUGGAACCAGCCCCUAUAUCUAAUGUCAUAGGUCCUAAAAAUACAACAUAUGUAGACAAGGCUGUGACACAAUCUCCUACUCAAGUGGUAAGCUCUAAUUCUAAUUUAUCAAAUUCAGUUUCAUCUCAAAUUCCUUUUCCUCGCAGGUUUAAGGAAUCAAAGAAGGAGCAGAUUUCAAGGGACAUAUUGGAAACAUUUAGGAAAGUCCAAGUUAAUAUCCCUCUUCUUGAUGCGAUCAAGCAAGUGCCCAGCUAUGCUAAAUUUCUUAAGGAUCUCUGCACUAAUAAGAGAAAAUUCAAGGAGAAUGAAACAGUAGCAUUGAGUGAGGAAGUGUCGGCGGUUUUGCAAAGAAAAAUGCCUCCUAAGCUUAAGGAUCCAGGGAGUUUCACUAUACCUUGUCUUAUUGGAAAUCAUAAGUUUGAACGUGCUUUACUUGAUUUGGGUGCGUCCAUCAAUUUAAUGCCAUAUACUGUUUUUGAAUCAUUGAAUUUAGGUGAGCUUAAGGAAACCUCAGUGAGCAUUCAAUUAGCAGAUCGGUCAAUCAAGUAUCCGAAAGGUUUAUUGGAGGAUGUUUUGCUAAAGGUUAACGAUUUAAUCUUUCUGGCAAAUUUUCUUGUGCUUGAAAUGGAGGAUGUACCCAUUCAUGGGAAAGAGUUACCUUUGAUAUUGGGCCGACCAUUCAUGAGAACAGCAAGGACCAAAAUUGAUGUGUUUGAGGGCACCCUUACCAUGUCCAUUGAUCAAGAAACUGUUGAAUUCAAAGUUUUUGAUGCACUUAAAUAUCCUAAUGAUGAUAAUGGAGCUUGUUUCUCAAUUGAUACACUUGAUCAAAUUGUGCAGGAUACAUAUGAUACAUCACAGGGAGAAACACCAUUAGAGAGAGCUCUAGAUUUGCGAGAAGCUUUGGCUUUUCUUGAGGCUACGAAGCCAUGUGUUGGUAUUGUUCCUAAAAUUGAGUCUCUUCCUUUACAUGAUAAUGCACUUGUUCCAUCUACUAUUAAAGCACCACAGGUUGAGCUUAAGCCACUUCCAGAGCACUUGAAGUACACUUAUUUUGGAGAAGGAGAAACUCUUCCAGUAAUUAUAGCUGCUAGCUUGAGUAAAACUGAGGAAGAGAAGCUUGUCCGAGUGUUACGAGAGUACAAAGAAGCAAUAGGGUGGACAAUUGCAGAUAUCAAAGGGAUCAGUCCAGCAAAAUGCAUGCACAAGAUUCAUCUUGAGAUUGAUUCAAGGCCUACAAGGGAACCACAACGGAGGCUUAAUCCAGUGAUGAAAGAAGUUGUCAAAAAGGAGGUUCUUAAACUGUUAGAUGUAGGAAUUAUAUAUCCUAUAUCUGAUAGCAAGUGGGUGAGUCCAGUCCAAGUAGUUCCAAAAAAAUCUGGUAUUACAGUUGUGAAGAAUGAGAAUGAUGAAUUGGUUCCGCAGCGAACGAGUAGAGGCAUUGAAGUUGACAAGGCAAAAGUGGAUGUCAUUCUAAACCUACAACCUCCAAGGAGUUUCAAGGAAGUCAAAUCAUUUUUGGGGCAUGUCGGAUUUUAUAGGCGAUUUAUAAAGGACUUUUCCUUAAUCGCACGGCCAUUGUCAAACCUUCUUGCAAAGGAUGUUCCAUUUGAAUUUACAAAAGAGUGUGUGGAGGCAUUUGAGAAGCUCAAGAAGCUAUUGACCAGUGCACCAAUCAUGAUGCCACCAGAUUGGUCUUUACCAUUUGAGUUAAUGUGCGAUGCAUCAGACUAUGCAGUUGGGGCUGUUCUCGGUCAACGAAAAAAUAAAAUUCCACAUGCAGUUUACUAUGCGUCAAGAACAUUGAAUGAUGCUCAGUUGAAUUACUCAACCACAGAAAAGGAGCUACUUGCUGUUGUUUUUGCUUUAGAAAAGUUUAGAGCAUAUCUUAUUGGAACUAAAGUAAUUGUCUUUUCUGAUCAUGCUGCUCUCGGGUACUUAAUUACAAAGAAGGACGCUAAGCCUCGCCUUAUACGAUGGAUACUCUUACUUCAAGAGUUUGAUUUGGAAAUCCGAGACAAGAAGGGAAGUCAAAAUGUGGUAGCGGAUCACUUGAGCAGAUUGGUUGAAGGUUCAAAUAAUGAGGAAGAUACCCUCCCUUUACAUGAUUCUUUUCCAGAUGAGCAGCUCUUUGCUGUACAUGUUGCAGAUCCUUGGUACGCUGAUAUCAUCAAUUUCAAAGCAUCCAACCAGAUCCCAAGUCACUUCACUCGUUCUGAGAAGGACAAACUUGUUAAGAAUAGUAAGUACUAUGUUUGGGAUGAUCCAUAUUUGUGGAAACAUUGUCCAGAUCAACUCAUAAGAAGGUGCGUUCCUGAAUCUGAAUUUAAUUCUAUUCUUACCUUUUGCCAUUCUUCUGCAUGUGGGGGACAUUUUGGUGCUAAGAAAACUGCUCUUAAAGUUCUUGAAUCUGGUUUUUAUUGGCCAAGUUUAUUUAAGAAUGCAUAUACAUUUUGUGCUACUUUUGAUAAAUUCCAAAGGAUGGGAAAUAUCAGUUCUAGGAACCAAAUGCCAUUGACUCCUAUACAUGUUGUGGAAAUAUUUGAUAUUUGGGGGAUUGACUUCAUGGGACCAUUUCCUGUUUCAUUUGGAUUUUGCUACAUAUUGCUUGAUGUUGAUUAUGUGUCCAAAUGGGUGGAAGCAAUUCCAACUCGUACUAAUGAUGCCAAAGUUGUUGUGAGUUUUGUGAAGGCUAAUAUACUUGCUAGGUUUGGAACUCCAAGAGCAAUAAUCAGUGAUAAUGGCACACAUUUUUGCAACAAAUCCUUUGCAGCACUUUUGAAGCGGUAUGGUGUCACUCAUAGAGUCUCUACACCCUAUCAUCCUCAGACAAAUGGCCAAGUUGAGAUCAGUAACAGGGAGAUUAAAUGGAUAUUGGAGAAAACCGUGAGUCCUACACGAAAAGAUUGGAGCGUGCGCCUUGAUGAUGCUUUGUGGGCUUAUAGGACUGCUUAUAAAACUCCAAUUGGAAUGUCACCAUUCCGUUUGGUUUAUGGGAAGGCAUGUCAUCUUCCGGUUGAACUUGAGCAUAGAGCAUACUGGGCAGUUAAGAAGUUCAAUUACGACUAAGCUGGAGAUGCAAGGCGGCUCCAAUUGAAUGAGUUAGACGAGUUGUGGUGUGAUGCUUAUGAGAGCUCACGGAUUUAUAAAGAGAAGACCAAGGCUUUCCAUGAUAAGUCAAUUCAAAGGAAAUCGUUCGAAGUUGGUCAAAACGUUUUGUUGUAUAACUCGCGUCUACGUCUCUUUCCUGGUAAGCUUCGUUCUCGUUGGUAUGGCCCUUUUCUUGUUACUAAUGUUUUCCCACAUGGUGCAGUUGAAAUUCAAAAUAAAAAAAAAUAG